AUGCGCGCCCACGCCUUUCCCUCUGGGCCGUCGUGCAGCGCGCUGCAUCUGCUGCUCUUCCUCCUGCUCGCCAGCCUCGCGAUCACGCGCGCGUACGCUGACGGCGCGCUGCGGCCCGAGGACGGCGCGCCCGGGCUCGACUUUGGACGAAGCUUGGCGCUCGUCGGCGAAACUGCGCUCGUCGGCGCGCCGCACGGGCGCGAGCGCGCACGAGCGCAGCGCUCGGGGGCCGGUUACGUCUUCCAGCGCCGCGACGGGGGCUGGCGGCCCGUCGCGCGCCUCGCCGAGCCGGGCCCGAAUAACGAGGACGGAGAAUUCGGCGCCGCGGUCGCGCUCGCGGACGAGCGCACCGCCGUCGUCGGCGCUCCCGGCGCACACGGGAGGGUGCACGUGUACGCGUACGAGCGCGGCCGGUGGCGCAGCGUGUCGGAGCUGCGCGCGGACGACGGCCGCGCGAGCCGCUUCGGCGCCGCCGUCGCGGCCGAUUCCGACACCAUCGUCGUCGGAGCCCCGGGAGAGGCCUCCGAAGCGGGGGGGUGUUUUGUGGCGACGCGGGCCGGCGGGACGUGGGUGCUCGGGGCGCGGCUGCGUCCGUGGGGCGGCUUGGACGUGUCCGGCGGCCGUUUCGGCGCCGCGGUGGCGGUCUCCGGCGAUUUGGCGGCGGUGGGCGCGCCCGGGGUGGCUGACGGCGCAGGUGCGGUGUUCGUGUUCAGGCGCGUGGGCGGCGCGUGGGCGGGCGUUGCGGCUGUGUCGGAGCCGCGUGGGACCAGCGCGGAGCUCGGGGCGUCGCUGUCGCUGGCGGGCGGCCUCCUGGCGGCCGGUGGCAGGCAGCGCAGUGCGACAACGUGCGUCGGGUGCGGCCAGGCGACGUUGUUCGCGCUGGGAGCCGACGGGGCGCUGGAGAGGGUGACGUCGAUAGCGCCGGGGCGCGGGUGCGGGAGCGUGGGGGGAGUGAUGCUCGGUGCGUCGGUCCUGGCGUGUCGGGAGCGGGACGGGGGAGUGCGGCUGCACCUGUUGUCAGGGCGGUGGCAAUGGCAACGGCGGCGGUAA